CUACAUAGGGUGGUUGCCGUGAGGCUGUAGGCGUCAAGGCCGUAGCGAUAGCCUUCACGGUAGCCGGCCCUCACUAGAAAUUUCACAAUGGACAGUGACCUUGCGUCCGACCAGCUCGGCUUGCUGGUAGACGAAGCAUCAAAGCGUCUUAACGCAAUUAUGGAACAUAAAAACGUGAAAGCUGCAAAGGAGCAACUUUGAACGGAUCCGGGAAAAAUUUUGACCGGGUAGCUACACGAGGCGCACGCGCAGUACAUGGAUGCGAUACAGGAGCACCAGCAGCUCGUCCAUUUAUGGACACAGCGGAUGCUGCUUGAGCAGCGGGAGACAGCGGAGCCGGCUCCAAAGAAGCAGCACAUGGUCCUCCCGCACUACAAGUGCGACUUCGGCGCCUCCGAGGGCAAAGGAAACAAGUCGCUGAUUGGACAGCGGCAGCGGUUGGCUUUCUUACACGACGCGUUCGCAGACGUGCAGCUCAAGUGGCGCGCGGUCGCUGAUGCUCCUGCGGCUAACCGGGCAGAGCGCGCGGUGACGAUGGAGGAGGCGGUUCGCAAGGCGCAAGAAGUCUUCGAGCAGCAGGCAAAAGAGCUCGUCAUCGUGCACCACCACGGGUGGGACGUCGUGGGCCAGUUGCGGGGAACACCCUACACGGCCACGGAGGAAGAGCAGAAGGCGUUGAAGAAGGCCAUUAAGGCCGCAGCUGAGAGCCGGAAGGUUGCUAAGCCCCCCGUGAAGGUGCAACCGGCACAGGUGGCGGCCGCGGCUGGGCCAUCGGCGCCGAAGGCUCCCAAGGGGCCGUGCUUCAAGUGCAACGUCAUGGGCCACUGGGCCAAGGAGUGCCCGAACCCGCCGAAGUAG